AUGCGGCUGCUCUGGCUUGGAAGGCCUGCCAACUACAACGAUGACCUGUCUGAGGCACCAGGAAAGGGAGACGUGCUGCCUCAGCCUGUCUCAUUCUUUAUACUCAAAUAUGCAGAGGGAGACUCACAGGAUGCUGUUUGGAUCUACACCGAGAAACAAACUUAUGCCACAAGAGAAGAUAUUCAGUUCCUGGCUAUGACUGAAGAGCCUAACCCACUCGAGUUUCACUGGCAUUUUGGGGACCAAACUGCAGUUAAAACUCCAUCCAAGACAUUCAUUAAGAACUACCGCCAUGCAGACAGGUAUAAUGUUACGGUCAGCGUGUCCAGCAGCCUUGGCUCUGUUAGCUCUGACAUUUAUCCUGUAGUGAUUCAAAGAGCUGUGCAUCUCAACAGACUGCUGUACACUCGCUCUGUGCUCAUGAACACAAAAGUGACUUUUAGCUGCAGGAUCAAUGCUGGAACAGGCAUCACUUAUUUCUGGGACUUUGGAGAUGGAACGCAGAAAGUUGGACGGAACACUGAGCAUCAUGUGUAUAACAGUACAGGGCAGUUUGCAGUAGAAGUGACUGUCUCCAAUCUAGUGAGCUCGGCUUCUUUAAAAGGGCACGUGUUUGUUGUUCUUGAGCCAUGCCAACCUCCACCUGUGAAGAACAUGGGACCCAGCAAGAUCCAGGUGUGGCGUUACCAGCCUGUGUAUCUUGGUGUGACGUAUGAAGAGCAGAUCCAGUGCGACAUCUCCAAAGGUCUCCACUACAGCUGGACUCUCUAUGGCCUGACUGGACUCCAGCUGUCAACCACAGGCAUCCAAACAAACCAGCAACAUCUGGGGCUUCCAGCGUACCUCCUUCAUUAUGGCACGUAUAGAGCAGUAGCUAAGGUGCAGGUUGUAGGCAGCAUAGUUUACAGCAUGUACUCAGUUCUGAUCGAAGUGAUGCCUAGCACACCUGUGAGCAUCAUCAGUGGAGGCACAAAUGUGUUUAUCAACCGUCACAACAGCAACUCAAACAUCACUGUGGAUGGACGUAGGUCAUAUGACCCAGAUUUCCCCAAUAACAUUAUGAGGUGGAAAUGCAGGCCAGUAAACGCGGCUGAGACCUCCUGUUUCUCCGAGCAUGUUCCCACUUCCUCUGCGUUGCUGGUGUUUCCUGCAAGCGCACUGAAUGUUAACAGUCAUCUGUUCAAGUUGACGCUUGCUGUACAAAGUGGAGACCGGUCCUCUUCAUCUGAGAUGUUCAUCACUGUGAGAUCCAAACCAACCAGCAUCAUUCAUGUAUCUUGUAAAGAGUGCCGAGGAAAUUCAGUCAACUGGAAUGAGAAAUUCUCUGUAACUGCUGCAUGUGAAAGCUGUCCUAUAAAGGUCACCUACUCCUGGAAGCUGUAUUUAGUAAACGCAUCUAGCAAAAACACACCAGAUGUGCCUUUCUGCGGCAGUUUGGACAUAAGUUUACCUUCUAAACUGGAGGAGGACACACCUUUCUUUCAACAGCCUGCCACUUCUGCAUCACCGUCCAUCCUAAAUCAGAAAGAAACAUCCAGCGGUAAUGAAAUUAAGAUCACACAGGACAGUGCUGUCAGUUGGCCCAGAUGGGGGCGUUCAAUGGCGCACCAGAAUCCAUCCCUUUUAGACCUGCUCUCUGAGACAGACAGGACAUCAGGAAUGAGGCUGUACAGUUAUAAAGUGCAAACUGAGAUCUUAGUUUUGAGAAUAGCUGAAAGGGGCUCAGGUGAUGUGAAUGAGGUGGAUUUUGCUCCGUUCCAUCUUCCUGUUCCAAGCGCAGAUAAAAACCACAGCACAGAGGGUUUUGGAGCUGAAUAUCCUGAUGAGCACGGAUAUCUAGACUAUGAGGACUUUUAUUCUGGACUAGAGGAAGCAGACUCAGGGGAUUCAGUAGGCCGACCAAGUGGACCCCACAAUUUAGAUGACUUGAUUUCUCAUUCAAGUGAAUAUGAGGGUGAUAACCUGGUAGGUCCUAGGAGCCACGGCCAUGUAGUGUCUGAGAAAACCCUGCUGGAUCUUCACAGAGAGCUCAUCCAGCCUGCACUCUUUGAAUCUUUCACCUCCACAGGAAUAUCUUCAUCUGUUAUCACAUUUAAACCCAUGAUGCUAAAGCAGAAAAGUCUCUACAUGCUUGAGGUCUCUGCAAGUUCUGAGCAGGUUCAGCAGGGAAAGACCCAGCUGUUCUUCUUCACACACCCUGCUCCUGAGGGAAUGGUGUGUCAUGUGCAGCCCAGCUCAGGUUUUGAAGUCCAUACACACUUCAGCAUCUUCUGCACUUCAGGAAAAGAGGAUCUCUUGUAUGAAUAUAGCUUUAGUGUGGGAAACUCAACAAAAAAGCUCCUCUAUAAGGGUAGAGACUACCAGCACUAUUUUUAUCUUCCAUGUGGUGAUCGAUAUGAUGAUUACAAAGUCAGCAUCUACAUUAAAAUUGGGAACAGAUUUGGAGCAUCUACCAAGCCGUGUCCUGUGAAUGUCAAAGUCUGGCCGAGCUUCCAGAGAAAUUCAGUGUCUCUCUCCAAUCCAGAUCAAGAAUUGUUUGUGUAUGGUCUGGGUAAUCUAACCAACCUCAUACAGAUGAAGAACACCCAAGACAUUAUUAAUUAUAUUUUUCUCCUGACUGGCAUUUUGAACCGUUUGAGUUUGGACCCAGAAUCUUGUGUGAAACUACAGACAAAAACACGAGCCGAUCUCAUUUCAGCAAUUUGUCAGCUGAAUGCCACAAACCAGGAACUGCUGUUAGAUAUCCUUCACACUCUUAUAGAUCUAAUCAAAGUUUCCAAUCAAGUAAUGUUUGACAGUGCAGUACUGGUGACAAAAUAUAUUCAAAAUUUAUCCUCCCUUCGUGAGUCCAACUUAUUGGAUGUGCGGGUGCUGAAAGCUCUCAUCCGCAUCUUCUCAUAUAUUCUGGAAGCUCAGAUUCCUUUUUCAAGGCUAACACUUGAUGUUCUUCAUAUCACUACAGACUCAGUGUUGGUGAAUGGGCAUGUUGCUGACAUGAAACUCUUCAACUGUAGCACCAGAAGAGAGAUCAAAAUGAGGCACUUGUCCACUCCACUCAUCAUUGAGUUCCAGAAACAAGAAGAGAGAAAUAAGAGCAAAGGUCUGGAGUUCACACUCUCACGCUCUGAAGUGAAUACUCAUCAGUUCAACGUCACAGCUGAGCUUCUGAAGAAAGCUGUAGAGAUUAGAGUGGAGUUUAGAAGGCCAUCAAGACAUGCUUUCCCCAUCCUGCUGCUCUUCAGAAUACACCAAAGACCAACACCUUCUUUGUACAAUGUAUGUAAGGUCUAUCAUUGGAAAGGACAGGUGGCUCAGAUCUUUCUACCCCCUUCAUCUCUGAAAGAGGCUGGGAUUGCAUAUCUGAUGCUCCUCAAUGCUGACUAUGAUAAAUGUUCUAGAAAUAACUACAUAGCAGAUGAAGUGGACUACACACUGAGUGUUGGUUCUACGCAAUGUUUAGUUUGGGAUGGUGUGAAAGAUUGGAGAUCUGAUGGAUGUUCUGUGCUCCAGAGUUUUACCUCAACCAAAGUCAAUUGCAGUGUCCGGCCCAACCCGAUGCUGUGUAUUGUAAUAGUGGUAUUAGUGGCUCUCUAUGCUGGGCUGUUGGUGGUUUGUAAUCAUGCUGAUGUUCAGGUAGAAAAGAAUUUGGGGACAUUCUUCCUGCCAGACAACAAUCCUUCAGACCAGUUCCUCUAUGCUGUUACUAUCGACACAGGCCUCAGAUCAAGGGCCAGAAUGACAGCAAAGGUUCAUAUAGUUCUGUAUGGUGAGAAAGGAGUAUCUCAGACAAGAGAGCUCAGCAAUCCUGGCCACACAUUCUUCACGCCCAAUUCCAAGACAACAUUUAUUCUGAGCUCAGCUCAGAGUCUGGGCCAAAUUUGGCAGGUGUGUGUGUGGCACGAUGGUGGAGGUGUGUUUCCCAGUUGGUUCCUGAAUCAUGUGAUGGUGAAGGACAUAGUAGAUGGAUCAAGUUGGAUCUUUCUGGCGCAGUGCUGGUUGGCAGUGGAUGAAGGAGAUGGACGAGUGGAGCGAAAGCUGCUCACUUUAAACCGACAGCUCACAUUCAGAGAGUUGCUGCAUCUGAAUCUUACUGACUGCUUUGAGGACUUCCACCCAUGGCUGUCUGUGUACAGUCGGCCAUCUUACAGCACGCAUACACACACUCAGCGCUUGAGUGUAUGUUUCCUGCUGCUGCAGGUUUACAUGUGUGCUAACUGCGUACUCAUAUACUUUCAGCAAGACCAGUGCUGGCUGGAGUCAGGCCUGAUUGGUGUUUCACUGCUUUCUGUGCGGACGGGACUGUGCGCACUUACUCUGCUGCCUUUAGGCUCGCUUAUGUCCUACUUCUUCCGCAUCAGCAAGACAAGCAAAAAUGGCAGCCAUUCGGGGGAUCAGUAUAAAGUCAGAAUGCCUUACAUCGUCUCUGUUAAAGGCAUUAAUAAUAAAUUCACAGAUGAUCGGGAUGUGUUGAGGGAUGUGUCUGAGCUGAAUGCUUCCUUGAGCAGAGUUUUACCACGGAAAUAUGAAUGUGAGGUUUUGCCGGCAUGUGAUUUGGAGUCUAUGUCUUGCAGCAAACUGACAGAAAGCUCAGCACUGCAGAAACCCACUGACUCUAUCUCUUGCAUUGAAAUUAUUGAAGAAAAUAUUCCUGAUGACAGUGACAAAUUACAGAGCAAACGUUUCAAAAACAGCCAAUUCAACUUCCAAACUAGCUCUUUUACAGUAAAUAGUUUCUUAAAGAACAGUGUUUCUAGAAGAAGCCGAACUCUGCAAGCUUGGUGCUACUAUGUGGCGUGGGCUCUGUGGCUGUGUUUGCUCACCACUUGUAUAAUCAUUACUGGAAUUCUCGGGCUGAAGUUCUCUGGUUUACUCCCUUCUCCCAAAAACAUUGACAAUGCUAAUUUGCCAGUACUAGCAGCCCGUAAAAGAGCCCGAUACCUGCGGUUCGUACGUCCGCCUACUUCCACUGAGCUUCAAAAUGUGAGGAGCCAAAUUAAAAAGAGGACAUAUCUUCAUAAAACAAUCAGGUCUCUUUUCGGCUUUUUGGCUUACGGAAAGUCCUCCCAUGAUAAGUUGUUUCUGAAUCAGGCACUCAGAGCUCGCUUUCCUGGGAGUCCUUCAAUCCAGAAGCUUGAUGACUGGUGGAACUGGACAACAAACACACUUCUACAUGAGCUGUACCUUUAUCCUCAUGAUUAUAGUGGGCUGGAAGACAAUGUAAAAACUGUGUCUUUAAUUGGAGAACCAAUCAUUAUGAAGAUGGAAGGUGCACACGGUUCAUCAUGUCAGGCUUCACCUGGAGAUCUCGCAUCUAUUUUUAGUCUUUUCACUGAACCUCACCAAUGUGGGAAACUCAGGUGUUAUAAGGGAGCAGGAUCUCAUGUCCCCUUAGGAAAAAACAGGUCUGAAGCAUCUAGCAGGUUUACGAAACUGUGGACUUCAGGCUGGAUGGGCAUCUCCACCCACGCCGUAAUGCUGCAGUUCACUUUAUACAGCCCUGUUUAUAACCUUUUUACUACGGUCACUAUGCUUGGAGAAAUGUCGUGCAUGGGAGCUGUUCUAUCCUCAGUCUUCGUUUACUCUACUAGACUUCAUCACUCCGCCUCUGCCCUUGAUUACUGCAUUACAGCUGGAGAGCUUCUGCUGCUCUUCCUCACUCUGCUUCAACUCUACUGUCAAACAUAUGUCAUCACUCAGAGAGGACGGCGUUACUGGACAGACUUACGGAACUGGCUAGAAGUGACUGCAGUCCUGCUGAGUCUUCUGUGCUUCGGCUGUUCGGUGCAUCAUUUCACACUGAUCGCAGAUACAGUGGAACGUCUGCAAAGAGAAGAUUUCAAAACAUUUGUCGACUUAAGUUCUGCUGCCUCUUGGGAACAGUGCACUCAAUCACUAUAUGGGCUCCUUAUGUUCAUUGUUCUGAUUAAAUGUUGCUUCUUGCUACGGCUAAAUGAAACCAUGGCCACAGCUGUAUCUACAAUGAUGGUCAUCUUCUCCAGCCUGCUUUGGCCUCUGGUAAUUGGUGUGAUCCUUGUUUUUGCUUUCUCCACCCUGGGGAACCUGGUCACCUUGCCAAAAUCAGUUUAUUCUGUUAUUACACAUGGGUUUGGUAGUGGAAAGCUUGGUGAUCUGCACAAAAAUCAAGCUUCUUGGACGCUUUGCUGCUACGGAGCCUUAAUCUGCAUAGUGUCUUUUGCACUGAAAGCGAUGGCAGCUGGUGUUGUCGGUUCAGUCGUGAAAAGGGCAAAGCGUAAAAGGAGAAAACAUCAUCUGUCUGUGACCGAGAUCUGCGCUUAUAUCCAGGAUGUGGCACUGGCACUUGUUGGCAAAGGCAGACAGAAAUGGGCUGUUCAUAUUAACAGUAAUAAUUUCGUCCUGGAAGAGUUUGAGGAUCUCGUUGAUGAGCUCCUGCUCAAGCUCAAUGUCAUUUACAGUAGCGAUGAAGACCAGAACUACUAUCCGGACCAGGGUCCUCUCCAAUCGGGAUAUGAGUACAGUUCAGAGGUUGGUGAUGAAAACAAGAUGGAGGAAAUGGAAAUAAUGCCAAGGAUGUCUUGUGAAUUUUUAUACCCUGAUGAAGAAAGCCGUCUCAGGUAA